CAUGUUCAGCCUCAACCAGACGGGCAGCCGGCGGUGGACCCAUUUUCGAUCCGCGCUGCAGCUCGCGAUCCAAAGGUCCGCGCACAAGUGGAGGUUCGAGGACUUUGCAGAAUGUUUUCCACUCUACAUCGAGGAAGAUAAGAAUGGCUCGUCUGCUACGUUUAACAGCAUCUCAGACUACAUCGAGGCGCAGAACCUGCGCGACCUCGACAAACUAUUCAAAGACUACAACGUCCAGGAGAAUGUGGACAUUCUCCAUAAAGUCGUCAAUGAUGCGAAGGAACGGAAAGCCAAUAAGACUGCCGGAAAUGAUACCUGGAAAGACAACCUCGAUCCGAGAGUUGCAGUUGCAGCGAGGACCAUACCAGUUUUGAAUGCAGAAGCGACGCGACUGCGUGCGCUAAUAGCCCAGCUCGAGGAUGAGAAUCGCCAACUUGAGUCAGAACUUCAGGAGACAGUCAAGGCUACAGACGAUGCGAAUGAGAGUGUAUUAGAGCUGUUGAACAACUUCGAUGCGGUAUUGGAGAGAUGGAAGCAAGUGCCCAUGGAGGAGAUUGAGGCGUGGACCGUUCAAACCGCGGAGUCUUUGAAGCCUGUGCUACGAUCAUA